AUGGCAUCAAAAAGUCCCCCAGGUGGAGAUGGUCCCCUCUCCUUUGCAAAGAUUGCCGCUAUGCCCGCACCUCUCAACACACAAUCUCCUUCGAUAUCUGACGAGAAUGAAAUAUGCCAGCCAGCAGAACAGCCACCUUGCUCGGCAACAGGUGGCCACGGAGCAGCUUUGUCCAGCCAUAACAUAGACAAAACGCCGGAAGUCAGUUCCAUUGAUCUAGCCGUUCAUGGCUUAGAGAGAGGUGUGCAAGACAUUGACCUCAACAUGAAGAAAGACAGCGAUGGCUCCGGCUCUUUCACAAAUGGUCAAGACAACGGGUCGCUCAAGCGUGAGAAUUCUUUUGAAGAUGAUCGCACCCAUCUUUCUACUUCAUCCACAAAGAUGACCAGCUUUGAUUCCAAGAGCCUUGCCUCGGUGACCACUUUUGCAAUGGAUGAGAAAGACUCUGUACGUCCUGAUGACAGUGCCAGUGUCCAAGCCAUCGAUGAAGAUGAGUCUCUUUCCGGGCAUGUAUCUGGAACUGCGAACUCGAUGGCUGGCUCUGAGUCUGGCAGUCGCGUGUUUCGGGAUCAGUAUCGUGAUGACAUUCCUAAAGGCUCACGUGGGAUUUUGGCUGUGCCUUCUCUCUUCAACGGUGCUCAACCGGCGAAUGGCAAAAUUCCUGUAGAUUCGGUAGCCAACAAUUUUGUGGUUGCAGCCAACCCCGACGGCAUUGAAGAUGGUCAGACCCUGCACGGGUUUCCUCUAGAGCCGGAUGAGAAGCUUUUGGAGGCAAUGAAGUCUCCGAAAGAUCGGCUUUUGAUCCUUCAGCUGGAGGAAAAGAUUCGCUAUUUCAUCAAGGACUCUGAAGAGCAAUCCUUGGAGUUACCUCCGUCGAAUGCAUUUGGGCGACUUCUCGGCCACAAGCUGGGGGAUUACUACCAUUUGACACAUUUUGUUGACCAUAAUGUGGCAUCAGUCAGGCUCCAUCGAACGCCAUUCUGUCGGCUACCCCCUCCCUUGUCUGAUGUACAUGCUGCUUGCAGUAUCACCCCGCCCACAGCUGUCCCGGCAAUGAAAAUCAUGCGCCGUAACGAUGGGGGACAGUCCGAAGACAGUAUCGGAGGUUCCUCCAACCCUUCAAAGGCGAACUCAGAGGCUGGCGACAGUGGAACAGAUGGACGGUACGGGUCCUCAUCUGGCAAUACGCCUGCUAAGGACCGAAUGGCCUUGACAAGAGAAGAGCGUGAAGCGAAAUACCAUGAAGUGCGUGAACGAAUCUUCCGCGACUUUACUGAUUCGGCCAAGUCGGACCCGGCCAUUGGGGAUUCGAAUCCCAACAUGUCGCGCUCCAGCUCCACAACCGGCCGCAAGAAAAACCAAAGGCAACGGACUCCUCAUGAUGACAGUUUUGAGGUUCGCUCGCAGUUCAAUGCCUAUUAUCCAGGAAUGCAAUACGGCAGCAAUGGUCCCAUGCCGUACAAUGCUCCUGUACAUGAAACUUCCUACCAAAAUCAGGUACCUUACUUGGUCGGACCUGGCGUGCCGCCGCCCUCUGGUGGUUAUAUGCCAUCCAGUCAGAACGGUUCUUUCCACGCGGGACAGAUGAAUAUGAACAUGGCCGGGGCCGGGGCCCCCCAGUAUCCAGUGACAAUGUCACCCCAGAUGGCCACCAAUGGCCCGUGGCAAGGAAAUGUGCCGCAACAAUCUCCAUAUUCUGGGUACGCUGCUAUGAACCAGCAAGCGGCAAUGAAUCAGCCGCCUUCCAACCAAUCAUCGCCGGCAAUGAACAACUAUGCCUUGCCCAAUGCCAUGCCUAAUGCCAUGCCUUAUCAACAACCAAAUUCCAAUUGGAACUCGCCCCCCUUUUCUGCAAACUUCCAGCAGUCUCCGCAACAGCGGAAUGGCCCGCCUGUCCAAUGGCCCAACUAUUCUCAGCAGUCAAUGGCUCCUAACAUGCCACCCAACAUGAACCCUAACAUGGGGCCCGGCACGGGUCACAACAUGGGCUCCAACAUGCAAUCCAACGUGGGCGCAUAUCCUUACGCUCAAUACCCGGGGCACCACAUGAAUCCCGCUAUCCAGAAUUCCAAUGGAUUCUAUGCGACCAUGCAUUACUCGAGGUCACAUUUCAACCCGCAGACACGAUCAUUCAUCCCCGGCGGUGCUCCUCUCGGCCGCCACUCAAACAAAGGGCAGCACACAAUGCAGUCUUAUAGCAAUAUGCAACCCGGUGUUCAACAACAUUGGAAUGGCCACGCCGAUGCCCCCAGUCGUCCCAUGGACUCCAACCCGGCCGGAAUGCCCAACCGAGCCCACAUAGGUACUCGAGACUCCAUUGCUAAAUGGGGCACGCCAUCCCAUCUCCCCGCAAAACCUCCGCCAUCUGAAGUGCCCUCUGAUUUUGAUCUUAAAACAAGAUCCGUUCCGGCUUCAGUCCCUGCGCCAUCAUACGGUGCCGGUGCCAAUGGAGUUCCUACUAUGAACAAUGGACCAUUCGUGGUUUCGGGGGGCACAAGUGUGCCGAAACCAGUCUAA